UAGAACGCUCUCCACGUCUUUGGAACCUCCUCCCGCUGCGUAGUUCGAUUAUUAUUCCUAAUUCUGGAAAUCCCAACAUGGUUUUCGUGGAGCUAUUGAUAUUCGUGGCCUUCAUCGGUCUGUUCCUGUACAAAUGGUCUGUCUAUACCUUCGGCCACUUCUCGAAACGAGGCGUGGCUCACGAGAAGCCUACUCCUCUGCUGGGUAACAUUCCCUGGUCGGUGCUGAUGGGCAAGGAAUCGUAUAUAAAGCACAGCAUUGAACUGCAUUUGCGACUGAAAGAGAACAAGGUCUACGGAGUCUACAACCUGCGGGAGCCUCUGUAUUAUCUCUCCGAUCCGGAACUUAUUCGGCAGGUGGGCAUCAAGAGCUUUGAUAACUUUUCAAACCAUCGCAAGGGGAUUAGCGAUGGGCCCAACGACACCAGUGUGAUGUCCAAGAGUUUGCUUAGUCUGCGGGAUCGUCGUUGGAAGCAGAUGCGUAGCACCCUAACACCCAGUUUCACCAGCCUCAAGAUCCGCCAGAUGUUCGAGCUCAUCCAUUACUGUAAUGUGGAAGCAGUGGACUUUUUGGAUCGCCGGCUGGAGGAGGGCACUACGGAACUGGAGUUGAAGGACUUCUUCACCCGCUACACCAACGACGUGAUCGCGACGGCUGCCUUUGGCAUCCAGGUGAACUCCUUCAGGGAUCCCAAGAACGAGUUCUUCUCCCUAGGGCAGCGCAUCUCGGAGUUUAGUUUCUGGGGUGGAAUAAAAGUUAUGCUGUACAUACUGAUGCCCAAGUUGAUGAAGGCCCUUCGAGUCCCCGUGAUGGACAUGAACAACGUGGACUACUUCAGGAAACUGGUCUUCGAUGCCAUCAGGUGUCGCAAGGAGCAGAGCAUUGUCCGACCGGAUAUGAUUCACCUGCUCAUGGAGGCCCAGCGGCAAUUUAAGGCAGAUGGUGAAGGAUCCCGGGAAAGUGGCAACCAUGAGGAGCGAGCCGAGUUCAACGAUGACGACCUGUUGGCGCAGUGCCUGUUGUUUUUCUCUGCUGGAUUCGAGACGGUGUCCACCUGUCUGAGCUUCACCAGCUACGAACUCCUGAUGAAUCCCGAAGUGCAGGACAAAUUGUAUGCGGAGAUCCUGGACGUGAAAGAGCAGCUGGGGGAUAAACCACUCGACUACGACACCCUGAUGGGCAUGAAGUAUCUGGAUUGCGUUGUCUCCGAAUCGCUGAGGAAGUGGCCGCCGGCUAUCGUUCUGGAUCGAAUGUGCGCUGCUGACUUCCAGCUGAAGGACGAGGAGGGCGAGGUGGUGCUUAACCUGCGCAAGGACGACCUGGUGCACAUUCCCCUGAUAGCGCUGCACCACGAUCCGGAUAACUUCCCGGAGCCGGAGGCUUUCCGACCGGAGCGAUUCGACGAGGAGCACAAGAACGAGAUCCGGCAGUUCACAUAUUUGCCGUUUGGAGUGGGUCAGCGCAGCUGCAUCGGCAACCGGAUGGCCCUCAUGGAGGUGAAGUCCCUGAUAUAUCAGUUGGUUCUGCGGUAUCGCCUCAAGCCCACGGACCGGACUUCGCCGGACAUCAUGGACAGCAUUGUCGGCUUUCGACUGAUGCCGCGGGAAUUGUUCUGGUGCAAACUGGAGUCCCGGGGAGCCGCUUAAUUAAUAACACGUCCCCGGGCACAUAUAAAUAAUAAUAAAGGAGGAGGAAAACGAAACAAACACAU